AUGAAUGCACAAAAUCCCCUCAUCUCCGGAGAAUCAAGGAUGAGCGUACAGACUAGCCCAAACAUCGCCGUCGUCGGCGGCGGUAUCGUCGGCGCCUCUAUCGCCUGGCACCUGUCACACGAGGCGAAUGUCACCAUCGUGGCCCAAGACAUCGGCGGCACGGCGACGCCGAACUCGUUCGCCUGGCUCAACGCGGCCGCCGGCAACCCCAAAUUCUACUACCACUUCCGGCACCGCUCGAUGGAACGGUGGAGGGAGAUGGCUGCCGAACUUCCGGACCUACCUAUCCACUGGGGCGGGUCGCUCAACUGGAACAUGUCGCCCGAGGAGCUGGAGGCAUACUUCGACGAGCAUUCGGCAUGGGGCUACGAUAUUGUGCGCGUGAACCGGACCGAGAUUCAGCAACGAGAGCCCGCCCUGCAGGACAGCGUCCUUCCGGAGUGGGGGCUCUACGUCGCCGAGGAAGGCGCCGUCGAGGCGCACGUUGCCGCGCGCCAGCUCAUCGCUGACGCGGAGGCCAGGGGUGCCACGCUGCUGAAUGACAAGGUCACCGGAUUUAUUAAGCAGGACGGCCGCAUCUCGGGUGUCGUCACGGCCGCCGGUGUGGAGGCUCGCGCCGAUCAUGUCGUCCUCGCGGCGGGUGUCGGCAGCGUGCCGCUGCUUGCUGCUGAGAACGUCAGUCUGCCUGUGACGGGCGUGGCGGGCUUGCUAGUAAACUCGCGGCCGACGCAGACGGGGCUGUUGAACGGCAUCGUCAACGCGGAGCAACUGCACUUGCGGCAGACUCUGGACGGCCGCAUCCGGUCCGGGUCGGAGUUCUCAGGCGGGGAUCCUGGCGACGAUCCACAGAAAACGGCCGAGGAGCUGUUCGGUAGGGUCCAGGAGGCGGUGGUAGGGGGCGAUGAGCUGGUGUUCGAUUAUUACACUGUAGGAUACAGACCGACACCAGAAGAUGGCUUGCCAAUUCUUGGGUCGACGGGACUGGAUGGCCUUACUGUUGCCGUUAUGCACUCCGGGGUUACAAAUGCGGCCAUAGUGGGUCAAUUGCUGAGCCAGCAGAUUCUGACGGGUGUCAGUGACCCGGCCUUGUCUAAUUUUGAGCUUGGUCGAUUCGCUCAAAAUCGUGAAUAG